AUGGAGAAAGAGCCGUGGUGGCACGAGAUCUUCGCGCCGCCCAUUGAGCUGUGGCAAUGGAUAUUCAGUAUCUUCCCCAAGAACUUCAACUGGCGACGGCCGCGGUUCAACUUCAUCACGAUACACUAUUCAUACAUGAUCUUGACAACCAUCUGCUUCUCCAUCAUGAUAUUCGGUCCAGGAAACCUCCCCUACAUUGAUGCUCUAUUCUUCGCUGCGGGCACGGCGACACAAUCUGGGCUCAAUCCGGUCGAUGUCAACAACCUCUACCUCUUUCAGCAAAUCGUCUUCAUGCUCGGCUGCUGCUUCUGCACUCCCAUCUUCAUCAAUACGAUCGUUGUCUUCGUUCGACUCUACUGGUUUGAGAGGCGAUUUGAGCAUAUUGUCAAGGAGGUCAGGGCGAACAGGAAGUCGAAUCGACGCUUGAGCUUCUCCAGGAGUCGAUCGAGGACGAGGACCGGGACGAUCGACAACAGAGCGGAGAAAGCGAACACCAUGGAAGCAGGAGGUGUCAGAGGAAGAGCCAUCGAAGUGCUGAAAGAUACGGGCAAGAAGAUGAAGAAGGGCGGGAAAGAAGAGGAGAAGUUUGGAGUGGCCACACCCUCCGCAAGCGUGGAUGCGACGCCCAACGGCAGCCAGAGCGACAGCAGCAAGGAGAUGGAAACGACAGAAGCCAUCUCUGAGCAGAUGGCAACGGCUCCCACGAUUAAGGAGCCUGAAAGCCACCAAGUCUCGUCACAUUCCGAAGAGCCACAGACUCCCGGGUCCAAUUUCAUGGGCCUUCAUCCACGAUUGCACCACCGCGGCAUAACUUUUGCGGACGAAGUCAACGACGGCAAUGAGACGAAAGAGCUUGCGCGCAUUCCCGAGCAACGGGACCUCUCAAAGCACAUCGAGUUUCUUGAACGUCAGGAGAGAGAUAAGAGUGAUCCGGGAACAAUAUACAUUCCAGGCCCUCGAGAUUUCGAUCGCGGCGAGGUACCCAAAAGACUGAACACCGAAGACGCUAUCCGGCGCUUGCAUUCGCGUGAUACUCUCGCCUCUGGUGAUGAGAAUGAAAGGCGCAAGAGCGUCGCUGGGGAAGACGACCAACAAGCGCCUCUAGAAGACCAACACCGGACGGCGAUCACCAUCGCGGAACCUGAACACCCGGGACAUCACGACCGCAAUGAGGACCGCCCAAGCACAGCGGAUGCGGAGAAGAACCGCCGCAGUCGUCGUUUCAGCUUUUCAGAAGGCACUCGCAACUUCUCCCGUACAUUGACCAAUCUCACAAAAGCACGGUCAAGCGAUCGUCCAGAAGAUCCAAUGCCGUAUCUCAGCUGGACCGCAACUACGGGCCGAAACAGUGCCUUCUUGGGGCUGUCCGCGGAGCAACGAGAGGAACUCGGUGGUAUCGAGUAUCGCGCUUUGAAGACCUUGGCUGGAAUCUUGAUCUGCUAUUACGUCGGCUUCCAUAUCCUGGGCUUGCUGGUGCUGCUUCCGUGGAUCGUCAGAUCGCCUCAUUAUAAAGAUGUUCUCAUGAGCCAGGGCCAGAGUCCUGGUUGGUGGGGCGUGUUCACGCCUGCUUCAAUGUUCAAUGACCUGGGAUUCACCAUCACGAAUGAUUCAAUGGUAUCGUUUCAGACUGCGGGAGUGCCGCUGCUUUUCGGGUCCUUCCUCAUCGUGAUAGGCAAUACUGGGUUUCCCGUCAUGCUAAGGUUUAUUAUUUGGAUCCUCUGCAAGAUCGAACGACUCCGCUUCUCUGACCCAUCCGAAGGCUCAAGGCUCUACCAAGAACUACGGUUCCUUCUGGAUCACCCAAGGCGAUGCUUCACCCUGCUGUUCCCGUCCAAGGCGACCUGGUGGCUGUUCUGGGUCCUUGUGCUUCUCAACGGCAUCGAUUUGAUCUUCUUUGUGAUUCUCGACCUCAAUGACCCCGUUGUUGAGGACAUGACCGGAGCCCAGAAGGUACUGAACGGCUGGUUUCAGGCAGUAUCUACCAGGACAGCAGGGUUCAGUUCGGUCAACCUUGCUCAACUGCAUGCUGCUAUUCAGGUACGAUUAGCACGAGAACUAGCAGAGAAAACCAGCUGACCAGACGUGACAGGUGUCAUAUCUCAUCAUGAUGUAUAUCUCCGUCUUUCCGAUUGCCAUAUCAGUGCGUCGGACGAACGUCUACGAAGAGAAAUCUCUAGGUAUCUUUGGCGGAGAAGAAGAUUCCGGCGACGGUGAUCAAAGCUAUGUCAGCCAGCACUUGCGACGUCAACUGUCCUUCGAUUUGUGGUUCAUCUUCCUGGGACUCUUCAUCAUCGCCAUUGUCGAAGGUGAUCGAAUCGCCAACACGAACGAACCGUCAUUCACGACUUUUAGCGUUCUCUUCGAAAUUGUCUCAGCUUACGGUACAGUCGGGCUCAGUCUGGGAUACGAUAACACCAAUGCUUCCUUCUCCGCGCAGUUCAGGACUCUCAGCAAACUCGUCAUCAUCGCCAUGAUGAUUCGUGGACGGCAUAGAGGUCUCCCAUACGCCCUGGACCGCGCCAUCUUACUUCCCAGCGAGAAGCUACAGCAAAAGGAGGCCGAAGACGCCGACCGCCGUGUUGCUCGUAGGGGUAGUAUCUUCGCCGAAGGCCAGAACGAAGUCGACUCGAGUAGAACUUGGGAGGAUGGAGAUCUGGACGAGAAUGGAUUGCCCAUUCAACAUACGGGUCGUAUGAUUGAUCCCAUGACUGAGGGUGCUGGAGGUGACGGGACGACCGAUGGGCUGAGGAAGUUGAAUACCCGACGGAGUGCGGCUGGCGUCGGCAUGAGGUUGAACACGAAUCAGACUCAGGCUAGUACCAGGGGAAAAACGCAUCAGCGCAACCGGUCGUUGAGUCGGGUGGUUUUUGGUGGUCUGGGUGCUGGGCCGACUUUUCCGAAGCAGGAAUAG